AUAAUUGUUAUAUCUUAUCUAGGGAUAUCUGCUGGGGAUGAGAUAUAAUAUUGGGUCGAUUUUAUCAAUAUUAUAUCUGUAAGAAUAAUUAUCGGCUUGUUCUCCAAUAACCUGAUAACGCAAUGCCUGAGUUAAUGAUGUGUGCCCUAAAAAAAGUUUUGGGGAUAAACGGCUGUAUAUUAAAAUUAAAGUCACUAGAUGGCAGUGUUGCGGCUCAUUUACUAAAUCUCAUACUCAUACAGUGAUUUGUACAAAUAAAUAAAUAAAUAUUAGCAUAUAUCAGUAUUGGAAAUUAAGUUUUUGGACAAUAACGGCACAUUGGAUAUAUUAAAAAGUUAAUAUCGGACAUCCCUAAUCUUAUCUUAUAGUGUUUUUAGGAAACAACACUAUACUUAUUUUGUUUUGCUGCCUGUGGUUUUAUCAAAAGCAUAAUUAUAAAUGAAUUAAGAAUUAAAUCUAUCUUCAUCUUGUUGCCUCUCUGCCUCCAUUCAACCACUUAAUAAAAACCAGAAAGAUUUGCCUCCAGCUUUAAGCGUAUACUUCUUUCUUGUAAAUAACCUUCGCUUGUGCAUUGUGGGAAAUCAUGUGUGUCACAGUUACUUACUUAUAACGACAGUGGGCCCUUUUUUUGAAGGCAGACUUGUUGAAGUCACAUGGCCUGAAUGGAAAACACUCAGCAGCAGCCACAAGAUCACAAGGAGGUGCAGAAAGAACUGGUUCAACAAAGAUGAUUUUUGAAGUGAGUCAAGGAUCAAUGUGGAUAAUCUGCACAUUAGUGAUGCCCUUUUAUUCUCAACCAUGUCCCAAUUGCACAAAUAGUUCUUUUUGGCCUGACUUUAUUGGAUUUAGUCAUUAAAAUGUUUGAAUUAAAUAAUGUUCCUUCCAUAUAAGGGGCGUGUUGUUACAUCAAAUCUUACAUCAACAAGUGUUUAUCAUCCCAUAACCCGCCCCAGUCCUCCGUGUCAUCUUUCUCCCUCCCUGUGUUGGAUGUUCAUGCUUUUUGCUCAGUAACUCCCUUGUUCGCCAGAGCAUCCUUGUCACUGCUUAAUGCCUGACUGGAGACAGUACUCACCAGCACCUAGUUUGUAUAGAGUAGAAGAAGAGUCUUUACUUUAUUGGCAUUAAGAUGGAGGAGAGCUGCAGUGAGAGAAAAAGGUCGGCGUGUCUGUAACUGGGCAUUUCUGGCGUAUUGUAUCUGAUUGUAGGAAGUCCUGUUGAUCCGGGGAUUCUCAUUAAUACCUCCACUGUGAAGGGCUGUUUUCCUGUAUGCUGAAACUUGAGAGAGGCGAGUGGUUAUCUGAGCUCUGCAGCGAUGGCUGUCCGCAGGCCAGCUGCCCACCUACAAAGAGCUCCAGGCUGGAGGAGAUCAGGGGAUGAGUCCUGCUGGGAGAGCUUCACAUCAGAGCGGGAGCUUUUGCCCCACUUCUCUGUCCCCUCACACUCGCGGCGACCACAGAGCGCCAUUGAAGGAGCUCAGCUGGACAGCUGGAUAGAACAGCUACAGGUGAUGCAAGUUGACCCCCACAGAACUCAUUAUUAUGGCUCUGGACUCUCUUCUCGCACGACAUCCAUGACAACGCUCAACAGUGAGCAGGCAAUGGGACGAACCUGGGGGCAUGAAGGAGUUCCUCCAAGGAGAAGAGGUUCAUCUCCAGGUCAGACGUUUUGCGGGAGCUCUUUUGGCAGCCAGGAGUCCCUCCAAACCGGUGUUUAUUCUCCUUGGAGACGCAGAGGAAGCUGUGAGACAGUGCAUUUAACAGACACCCCAAGGAAGGAGCAGGCCCAACUCUGCCUCACACCUGUAACCAUUGGAUGGCUGCCAGUUCAAAGAAAAGUGACGAUGGCACCUGAUUCCUGCAAACUGAGGCAGUUUCCAGACCAAUCUGUCAGCCAGGUCAAACUGAAGCAACCCAUCACUCCGACAUUUCUGCAGAGUCUUAAAGCACACGGUGGUGAGACUGAGGGAAGUCACAUCGGUUCCAGCGCUUCAGGUGCGAGGACGUUUCAGACAAAUAGUCCAGGCACUGCCCAGGGGACAGAAAAACAUCUCCGUUCCACUAACGGUGGGAGCAAAUCUGUGAGCUGGCAAGCUCUGAGAAGAGGUUGGAAUACUGUCAGGGAAUCAGCUUUCCCUGGAAACAGUCACUCCUCCAAGCUUUCCACAGGAAACUCCGAACCUAACAGGAAGUCCCGCCUAGAGACCGUCAAGUACACUCCAAUUCUUGGAACGGCACACACUGAGCCACACGCUCCGCUGCAAGGCCCCACCAGUCCAGAGGAAUGCGCACCCUAUAGUUUGCCAAGGAGAGGCAGCGUGCAGCCCGUGAGGGCGACAGCUUCAGUGCAAAUACAGACGACCUCCGCUGCGACGACGCUCAUCCCUCAGAACAAGGCCGGCUUUUCCUCCAUCACCAUAUCCUCCAGGAAAGUGACCAGAUCGGCCAGUCUGCCCAGUUCAGAUACCCACAAACACAUCCUCCAGUCCUUCAGGUCCUCUGCUUCUCCCCCACCCCCGGCCCCUCAGUCCAUGGAUUCAAACCCAAAGCCUGCUGGGGUGCAGAGGAAGGCCACCAUAGUCAAAGUCACAGAGCAAAGGCUGACGUCCAGCCCUGCUCUGGACAGACAGAGCCAAGCCCCAACACCGCUGCACAAGAACGAUGUGGACACGUCUGCACAAAAGAAGAAGGCCGCCAUCAUUAAAGUGACGGAGCAAAGGGAGAGCUACAGUCCGGCCAGGGGGGGCUAUGGGACGAGAAGACGCAGCUUCACAGAAGGGCUGCACAAAGACUCACACCUGACUGCAGCAUCUCCACUAUUUCACUUCUCUGACUCCGAGUGGACACGACUGAGCUCUUCCACCACAGAUCAGGAGUCAAACAGUGGCACUCUUCACAGAUCCACACUCAACCUCUUUGUGUGCCAACCCUCGGCCGCAGCAGCACCUGCUCCCCCUGAGGUUCCCCGGAAAGCUGUUGGGCCUCGACCGGACAGGCCACGGAGCUGCCACGACCACGUGUUUGGACACAGUGAGCCGAGCAAGGAGAAUGUGACACAAACAACUGCCAGAAAAUGGAGCUUUGGGCUUCAACCAGAGGCGGCCACCAACCCUGUGAACUCCAUCAUCCAGGGAGCGACUGUGAGAAAAGCAGGGCAGCCAGCAGCACACACUCUGACGCCGGGCAGAGGCGCGGAAGAAAGACUGCCGACAGCAGAGGAUGUGAAGAGGAGAGCGUCCCCGUCUCUGACUCUCCUCCCUGCUCCUGAUCCACACUCACACCAGUCUCCAGAGGAAGUGCUCGCACUCAACGCAGCUGCAGUCAUCGCAAAUAUCAAGCUCCAAAGACAACUCAGUAGAAAGGAAACACCAAACCGCGACUCCGCAAAGGAUUCCACGCCACCACUCCAGGGAAAUACUGUGAUGGAUGCACGGUUGAAGCCACGACCUGAUCACAACCCUGUCCAACACCAGAGCGUCCCCCACACUGCAUUUGUCCAGCCAGGUCCUGACCCUGACAGGUCACAUGAUGCACUUUCUUUACAGGAAGCGCUUGAAAAAUCCAGACCAGAUUUUAUUCGUCGUUCACAAAAUAGGGUGCAGGAGGUGGAGCAAAGAGCAAAGGACAGACGGGAGAGGGCCAGUUCAUCAGCCCCACAGACGGGUGUUAAUCACAGGCAGAGGAGACCCCACUGUGUCCCACCCACCUCUGUCACCGAUAACCCUGUCAAAGUGAGAGAACGAAUCAUUAGUGGGAAAAAGCUGCAUUCUGGUCCAAACCGCAAACGUGCAGAGACCAAGAGGAAAAAGGACGAGGAGAGGAAGAGGGAAGUGUGUUUGACCAACAGACAGAGACUGGAACUUUUUAAAAAGCCGUCCACUGUGAACUGUCUCAUUGUGCUGCUGAGAGUGAAAGACGUGUGUCCCCUGGUGAACAAAAGGUGUCUCUGUGGCAGAGGGACCUACAGUGCAGUGCCACCAUUCAGCCGAGCUGCAGCCAGAGCGGCUGUCCCCUCACAGCUGCUCCACCCACACUGCUGCUGGGGCCGAUAACACUGUUCCCAGUGAUGGCUCCACAACACAGCUGGACACCACAGCUCUGUGGCUGAGAGUUCUGCAGGCUCCAGGCUUUUAUAACACUUCUGUACUGGUCUGACAACUGCCACGGCCAUCAUGUGCAUGUGUGUGGGGGCUCCACAUAUGAUUGUUCAGUCUACAUGGACACCGAUAGUGGACAGCUGUGAGUGGGACAAAAGCAUAUGAGUGACAGUUUGCAGCCCAGUGUCCUAUCUCACUGGUCUCAGAUCCAAACACUGGCUCGGGUUUGAUCAACAGUAAAGGCUUGUGUUUGCAAAGUGCUCUGUACCAGAGUAGACAGACGGCACACAGAAAACUUAGACCUCUGCAUUUUACUAAUUCUAUUUUAUUUUUU